AUGGCCGCCUCUCACGCAGUCGGCGCAGUGUCUACUCCUGGACCUGGGACACACUACAUUCGAUCCGAGCUCAAAGAUCUCAAGAUCAUCGGCGUUGAGGAGCAUGUCGUCUUUCCAGAGAUCGCCAAGGCUAUCCCGAGUUCCGAAGCUGCCGAUCAUGCCAAAGCCACACUCGCAAGCAUCGUGUCCCAUCCCGUACUUUCCUAUGCCAAGGGCCGCGCCGCGGAUGUCGGCGCGCAACGGCUCAAAGAUAUGGAUGACGGCGGCAUCUCCAUGCAGAUCCUAAGUUUCGGCAGCGCAGUCAAUUGCACCCACAUGGAGCCAGAGGCCGGUCAUGCGCUCGCGCAAAGGAUCAAUAAUGCGCUCAAGGACGCUGUGGACGCCAAUCCGACCCGAUUCCGAGCAUUCGCGGAAUUGCCGUUCCAAGAACCUACGCUUGCGAUUCGGGAACUCAGACGGUGUGUGAAGGAUCUGGGAUUCGUUGGUGCGAUGAUGGCCGGCUCGGUCGGAAGCACAGGCAAAUUCCUCGACGGACCAGAAUUUGCCGAGCUCCUGUCCGAGUUUGAGGCUCUCGACGUUCCCCUCUAUCUUCACCCUGGCAUUGCGCCCGGGCCUGUUUCAAAGGCAUACUACGAUAUUGAGGGCAAUGCACUGGCUUCUGCGUCCUUGAGCGCGAUGGGCUGGGGCUGGCACAGCGAGGUCGCAAUCCACAUCCUUCGCCUUGCCGUCUCUGGGGUGCUUGAGGCGCAUCCGAAGUUGAAGAUCGUCAUAGGCCACCAAGGUGAGAUGCUUCCGAUGAUGAUGCACAGACUCGACGGCGCAUUCGACAUGCAAGCGUUUGGGCUGAAGCGACCGGUCGGAGAGACGCUUCGAACGCAGGUGUGGAUCGCAAUAUCAGGCCUCUUCUCAUUGCCAGUGACGCAAAUUGCGAUCCAAACAUGGGGCGUAGACAGGGUUCUUUUUGCCAACGACUACCCGUAUAUUGAGACGCAGGGUGUGCCGGGAUAUGUCAGGGCGAUGAAUGAUCUUGUCGCGCCAUCAGACAUGCGCAAGAUUUUCCAGACGAACAGCGAGAGUCUGUUCAAGAUCUUCGCUUAG